CUUCCUAAUCACCCUCUCGUAGCGGACCGGAGCGGCGAUGUCUGGGCGCGGCAAGGGCGCCAAGGGGCUGGGCAAGGGCGGCGCCAAGCGCCACCGGAAGAUCCUCCGCGACAACAUCCAGGGCAUCACCAAGCCGGCGAUCCGGAGGCUGGCGAGGAGGGGCGGCGUGAAGCGCAUCGCCGGCCUCGUCUACGGGGAGACCCGCGGCGUCCUCCAUAUCUUCCUCGAGGAAGUCAUCCGUGACGUCGUCGCCUACACCCAGCACGCCCGCCGCAAGACCGUCACCGCCAUGGACGUCGUCUUCGCGCUCAAGCGCCAUGGCCGAACCCUCUACGGCUUCGGAGUCUAGAUUCCUGCUGUGCUGUGCUGGUGACGGUCGUGUUUCUCUUGUGUGAUAUGUGCCGUGGUAGAUGGGAUUUACUUCUCUGGCGUGCGUUUGUGUUCAGUAUGCGUUCAAUAAAACUACUCUGAUCCCGAAUCCUGACGAAAUGCUUCAGUGCUGAAUCGUGUUACCGUUUUUCUAAGACUGAUUAUUCU